AAGACUGCAAAGCGGGGGAGAGGAGAGUAGAGACCGAGAUCGCGGGUCGAUUGGGGGGAGAGCAAUGGCUUCUUCGUCUUCGGUGGUGUCCUCAUCCUCCUCCUCGUCAUCCGACAAAGGGUCGGGGCGAAUUCUCCAGUUCGAUCCGUUCCAGAGCUUGGUGGACGAGGGCUUCUGGCAUCGCCUCUCUUCCCUCAAGCUCGACUCCCUUGGCCUCGACCAAUCCCCCAUCCCUCUCACGGGUUUCUAUGCACCCUGUUCACAUCCCAAGGUUUCAAACCGCCUGACACUUCUUGCUGAGUCAUUGCCAUCUGACUUCAAAGAGCUACAGUUUUCACUUGAAAGGGCUCAUGGUAAUCGGAAUAGAUGCCCUGUUCCUGGAACUCUUUACAACAUGAACACAUUUGAGAGCUUCAAGGCCCUUGAUAGAGAUUCCCUGCUGAAAAAGGAAGCAAAAAAGAUAUUGGAUGACAUCCAUUCUGGAAAGGUAGAGGAGGAUAGUGCAGUGCUUUCAAGAUUCUUUAUCAUCUCAUUUGCUGAUCUGAAGAAAUGGAACUUUCUUCACUGGUUGGCGUUCCCUGCUUUGGUUGUUGGUCCUCCUGCUGUGGUACUCAAUCUUCAACCAGCUAGAGAGGUGUUUAAUCAGGGAGAGGCUCAAUCAUUGUCUGCAGCACUGAAUGAAUGGCGCAAUUCAAGCUUGACGACAGGUGUGCUAUACUUCUUAGUCAGCAUAGCAUCAAAUUCAUGUGCCACUAUUAGACAGUUGAAGGAUUGGAAAGCCUGCCAAGAUGAUGGUCAAAAGUUGUUGUUCGGUUUUUAUGAUCCAAGCUGUCGUCUAGAUAAUCCUGGAUGGCCUCUUCGUAACUAUCUUGCAUUCAUUAGUUUGAGAUGUCAGGAUGGGAAGAUCCAGUUUCUGUGCUACCGUGAGAAACGUGGUUUUGCUGAUAUGGGCUUAUCCCUUGUUGGUGAAGCUGUGAUCUCACCAUCAAAAGACUGUAGAGACCCACAGUGUGUUCCUAAAGCUGUAGGAUGGGAGCCAAAACCCAAGAGCAUAAACCUUGCAGAAUCCAUGAAUCCGGAGAGGUUGGCUGUAUCUGCUGCAGAUUUGAACUUAAAGCUAAUGAGAUGGCGUACAUUACCAUCUUUAGAUUUAGGUACCUUGUCCAGUGUUAGAUGUCUACUACUGGGAGCUGGUACCCUUGGAUGUCAGGUUGCUCGCAUGCUUAUGGCCUGGGGUGUGCGGAAGAUAACACUACUAGAUAGUGGCCUAGUAGCUAUGUCUAAUCCUGUCAGACAGUCUUUAUAUACAUUAGAUGAUUGCCUUGAUGGUGGCAGCUUAAAAGCUGUUGCAGCAGCUAGAACUCUGAAGCGUAUAUUUCCAGCUGUGGAGGCAGAAGGUGUAACACUUUCAAUACCAAUGCCAGGACAUCCUGUGCCUACCAAUGAAGUAGCUCGCGUGCUUGAAGAUUGUGAGCGACUAAGGGACCUGAUUGCUUCCCAUGAUGUGACAUUUUUGCUGACCGAUACUAGAGAAAGCAGAUGGCUUCCCACACUGCUUUGUGCAAGUGAGAACAAAAUUGCUAUCACUGCAGCUUUGGGCUUCGACAGUUACUUGGUUAUGCGUCAUGGAGCUGGUCCACUCUCUGUAUCAGAUCAGACAAACAGCUUAUCUACAGUGGAUGGAAAUGGAGGGCAGCGCUUAGGAUGUUACUUCUGUGGCGAUGUAGUUGCUCCUAUUGAUUCAACGUCCAAUCGCACUUUAGAUCAGCAAUGCACUGUCACACGUCCUGGGCUUGCACCCAUAGCAUCUGCUUUAGCAGUGGAACUCUUGGUGGGACUUCUGCAUCAUCCAAAUGGGAUAUAUGCUCCAGGUGAGAUUGCCAACUCCAUUAUGAGCUCCAGUGAGCAACCUUUUGGUAUUUUGCCGCAUCAGAUCCGAGGCUUACUUCCUCAAUACUCUCAAGUGACGCUCAUUGGCCAUGCAUCCAACAGCUGCACAGCCUGUUCAACUACUGUGGUGUCCGAGUUGAGGAGACGAGGAACGGAGUUCAUUUUGCAAGCCAUUGACCACCCAACCUACCUGGAGGAUUUAACUGGGCUCACAGAGUUGAUAGAGUCCGCGAAUUCUUUCAAGUUGGACUGGGAUGAUGAAACUGAUGAUGCUGAUGAUAUCUGACUUACGUUUCAUCUCAGAGCUGCAGUUCAAGCUAUUCUAUCACCCCAGUGAUCUCUUUGGACAAGAACAGCGAGGUGAUUUAUCAAUGUACAGUCACUGAUCAUGUACUAACUUAUCAAUAUAUAGAUACAUUGGUUGCUGAUCAAAGAAAAUGAGACUACAAGAUGAUAAAAAAAUAUUAGAAUAACUGGAAAUCUGACGUCUAUU